UGAGAUUGAUCAUAUUCUGCUAAAAAAUAUCAACCUACAGAACGGUAUACCUGAAUGGGAUUUAUUUUUCAAGAAAAUACAGAACGGUAUGUCCGAUGGAGCAAGAGAACAUUGGCUUCGAAAACGGCGAAAAUUACGGAAUACGCCGCCAAAACUGGAGCAAGAAGAAUUCUUUCUUUUAUUUACUCGUACCGUUUAUAAUGCACGAUAAUUUCUAUGCAUAUUUAUCUUCAGUCACUAUCUUUUCCCGACCCUCCAACAGUGACUGCGUUUUGCAGUGUGCAAGAGUGUUGUUGGAUUCGUCAUGAAGAACGAAAAUCGAGACUGCAAGAAAUGGUCAUCAGCCGAUACAAUUCAUGCCAAACAAAAAUUUAAUGAAGAAAAGAUUUCUGAUGGGUGUUCAUAUUUCUUCAAAGUGUUGUUGGGAGAUUUUUCUCAAAAACUGAGCAUUCCUCCUGCUUUUGUUCCAAAGCUCAUACAGGAGGCUGAUUUGAUUACAGUUCUGCAUGUACCAAGUGGGCGUCAGUGGGUUGUAAAGUUAUGUGGUACAAGUACUGGGUUGGAGUUUGGACAGGGCUGGGAGAAUUUUGUACAUGAUCAGAGAUUAGAGUUGGGAGAUUUUUUGGUGUUUAAGUAUAUCUGCAGGUCGAAGUUUAAAGUUUGGAUAUUUGGAAAAAGUGGGUGUGAGAAAAACAGCACUGUUUUUGAAUCUGAGGAGACCCAUUAUGAUUUACAGAAGAUAUGUCCUAAUAGUAUCAUAGCGAGUGCUGUUACCAGAAAUUCUGCCCAACCCACGGACAGUCAUUUACUAAUUGAUUUGGUUUCUGAUGAAGAAGAUAAAAAUGAAGUGGCUGAAAAUCAAGGGAAAGUACCCAAAUCCUCUUCUUCGUCUCCUUGUUGCCCUCCCAAGAAUCCUAUGCAUUGCCACCCGUCUCUUGCUGGAGAGAAGCGCAAUCUAGAGAAAUCCUCUGCAGAGAUAGAGACUGAAAAUAGAAGUUAUCUUGGAACUUAUUACAUUUCUCGCAGACGUCCUGUAACUGAAGCAGAAAGGAACAAGACCCUUAAGGAGGCUAAAUCUUUCAAAUCAGAUAAACCGUUUUCUUCAGUACUUAUGAUGCCAUCUCAUGUAUACCACGGGUUCUGGAUGGGUGUGCCAAAACAAUGUAUACGUACUCUCCAAUUACCGAGCGAAAACUUUGAUAUGAUUCUUGUGGAUGCUAACAGUAAGGAAUGGCAAGUGCGAUACCGGUGGAAUGGUUCUAGGGCUAACCUGAGCAAAGGGUGGAGACCUUUUUCAUUUUCUAACAAUCUCGAGGAAGGAGAUGUUUGCAUCUUUGAGCGCGUAGAUCAUAGUAUACACAAAAUCAAGCUUAGAGUCCAUAUUUUCCGGAUUGUCAAGAAGAUUACUCCAUACAAGAGGAUGUUAGGUAAAAUUACGGGGAAUAGCAUUACUUUGCCCACAAAUCACUCUAAGAAAAUGAAAGUCUCCAAUGAAUAUCUUGCCAUCGAUAUGUCAGUAAAAGCAUUCGAACCUGAUGGAAAAGAUGCUGAACAAGUGAAGAAAACAAAUGAUAGCAAUUCGGCACCUAGAAAUCACUCUAAGAACAUGAAAUUCUUGCAAGAAGACCUUGUCACCAAUUUGUCAGGAAAAGCAUCUGAACCUGAACAGGGGAAAAAUGCAAAGCAAGGAGUCAUACAAGCGAAGAAAGAGAAGACUAGCAAUGUAGACAAUCGUUCUAAACUGGUCAAUUCAAAAUGUAUACAAGCCAUUUCAGAGAGGAAAACAGGCUGUAGACGUAGCCCACGAUUAGCUCAAAUCUGUAAUAAGGUACCGUGUCCACAGAAAAAGUUGUUACACCAAGAACCUUCUGUAAAUGGACACAAAUCAAUUGCCAAGGACACAAAGGUGCUGCCAAAAAUGAUCACUUGUGUAGCUGAUGUGAACGGAGAAGAAGAUGAUUUGAUGAUUAUUUGGGACAGCAACUCCUUGUCUAGAUACAGUGCUUUAUAGCAAGGGGUUUUUGUAUCUUCUUGGAAGUAGCAUACAUGAGGGUCCUUUGAUGACAACUUCCAUAAUUCCAGCAUUGAAUCCUGAUGCCGAAGUUUGUGUACAAGUUACCAGAAGAAGUCAUUUCUCUGGUUGAUCUGAUUGGUGAGGCAAAUUGGAUUCUCGCACAGAUGAGCAAUAUGAGUGGGGGGUCAUAUAGUAUCGUGACAUGAUCCUGUUGAUAUAUUUAGAGAAUUGAAUUUAGAAACCUGAGUAGUAUGUUUAGUGACAUGGUUACCAUAAGUGCCCACUUCUAUAAAUUUAAUUGAUAUGAAGGCAGAACCGAACUUGGUGUACGGUUCUGAGUUGGGUUUCCUGAAAUUACCUGAAGGAAAAGUAUAUUUAGGUUAGCAUGGACUGCAUUGUUCUUGCUUACAGAACAAUAUCUCUAGAGACUCAAGUUAUAAUUAUAUUGGAACUUACUGAUAGAGAGCAUGUACACUAAUUCCAUAAUCUAGGAAAUGAAUGAAGAAAGAUGGUAAAAGCUUAUCGACAGUUUGAUACUGUAACCUGAAUCAACUGCUUCUGUGCUUUAUACACAUUGAGAAGUAAAUUGAUUAGGGUCAAUCAAAAAAUUAGUUGUGCACAUCUUUAUAAGCCAAA